AUGAGAGUCCCUCUUUUCUUCCUGUUUGCUCUCUGUAUAUCGAAAGCAGCCGCUUUCGGUCUCUACGGCUGCUACGAGCGCCUUCUAUACUGGCAAGCGUACCAAAUGGACGAGGGUUCCAAAAAGCAGAAGAUCGCACCGGCCUGUGCCCGAGAUCCAAAAACUGCUCAGGCAGUUGGCCCGGUCACAGGAGGGCGCUGUAACCUACGUCAAUUUCUCUACUACAUCACAAGCGACGAAGCCGAGAAGGGAUUCAUCGCGGACAAGAAUAAUCUUAAGGAUGCGGACCUGGCCAAGGAGAAAACCGAUCUCGACGAAGUUGCCAAGAAGAUGUACCACGCUCACGUUGGGAAAACUUACAAACAGGGCUACAUCUACCAGGGUCUGAGCUCGAAUUCUGGGAUCAAUGAGGUUAUUGAUAAUGUUGCUGGAUUUAUCCAGCAGCGAGGUUGGGACAAUGGGGAUCGCAAGCCGGCCCAAGAAUUGUUCGAUCAAGCUGAAAAGGCCCGAAGCCGAGUCGAGUUUGGGCGGAAGGCCACCAUGUUCCGAGAUAUAGGAGCUGAGAUUCGGAAGAAAUACGAUCGAGAGGUUUGGGAUAAGCAGCCAAAGAAUAAAAACGGGGAAAUCAACAAGUACGCCCCCAAGGUUGAUGAGGGACUGGUCAGGGAGAGAAUAAUAAUCCCCCCAGGAGCCACCGAGGGGUGGAUCUCCUGCCAGCCGGAGGCUGCACAGAACUCAAUCAACGCCGCUGGCAAGGGCCCGGUGGACUUGAAGGAGGAGUUCGUUCAGCCUUGGAAACACAAGGAUGACGCCCACCAGAUGAACAUCCAGGCAGCGAAAAAUGCAAAGGCCAAAAUCACCGAGUGUCGAGCGUGA